UUCAACAUGGCCGCCAAGAGUCCCGAACUUUACCGCGAAGCGUUAAAGUAUAUGAACAUUCAUAGCGGUAAGAUUGGAAGAUACGCUGUACAGAAAACAAUCGAGCAUUUGAAAAGGUGCAAUGUUGUAUUAGAUCAGAAUGUUAAGGAAAUGAGGAUCAACAUUCCAAAGCCUGAGCCAAGAGGUGCAGAACGGUUCUUCUAUGAGAACGUUCCACAGCUGAAGUUUAAAAAUCCCCAUGUUGAAUUUUCAGGAUCGCAAAAUCAAUCCGAGCAAGCAGAACUCCUCAUAAAAUUUAGUGAUGAAAGACAAGAAAGAAUUUUGCUUGCAGAGAAGGAACCAUCACAGAUCAUGCAAGAAGUUGUAAAAAAUGCAGCAGCAACAUCCAGCUCAGACCGUAAUGAUGGAUGCAUUCAUUUGUUGUGAUCAAAUGACGUGGAUAAAGUCUGAUGAAACCAACCCUUUGGUCCUACGAGUAACCAGCAUCUUAUUUCUCCCUUCAACAUCACACCUGAAUCACACAUUAAGAUCAGGAGAAUAGCAGAAAUGAUCACAAACUAAAGAAGCUCUUCAUUGUUAAGACAAAUUCUCCGUGUAAGCACCUUAGGAAAUGUAUAGAGAACCGUGUGAAGAAUAUGGAUACUGAUGUUGGAGAGUAAAGGGUUAAGGCAUCUGCAUAUAUAUAAUUAAUUGUCACAAUUUGCUAAUUAAUUUUUAGUUUUAUUGUCAUUGCUUCUCUCAUUCAUUGUUCAAAAAAACAAGCUAUUCACCAGAUAACCAUGAUUAUGUAUAUAAGGAUCAUCAUUAUCACUACUGACUCAUUUUUCUUUUCCUACAGUGAUGAAAAUUUAUGACAAGAUGAAAGUACCUGAGGUGUCACUUGAAACCCUUUUAAAAGCAUUAUGCCAAAUUGUCAUUUUCGACAUUGGGAAAAAAAAAACAGUACAUGUGAGCUUGUCAAAUGACAAUGCAAUUAAUGCAAUCCAUUUUCAUGAGCCAAACUGCAUAGUGGUCAACUUGUGUACAAUUCCUUUAUGUGCCAGUUGUAACUGUUCAUGUAUAAAAGCCAUAAGAUGCCACAAACUAAAUAAAUGCAAUUUUAUUCAUA